AUGCCUGUCUCACGCACUCGGCAGCGAGUAGUUAACAAUGAAAAUGACGAGAACAACGCCAUUCAGUCUACUCGCCUGACUCGUGCCAAAGCCGCCGUUCUUUCCAAUGCCCAAGAUGCCUCACUGGCGAAGAAACCGCUCCAAACCAAGAAGUCUACCGCAGGUACAUUGAAUGGAACUCAGAGAAGACGUGCCUUGGGAGAUGUCACCAAUGCGGCGAAAGGUGUUGAGGUCGUGCCAGAGGGCAAGAAGGCGGUGGGCGGCAGAGUUGGACUUCAAUCCAAAGUCGCACAACCUACCGCUGGUGGUGUCCAGAAGCUGUCACGGACGAACUCGUCCAGAGCUGCGUUGGGAGUCAAGGAUAACAACACGAAGCCUAAAGUCGGCUCGGACGUCAAGAAGCCUGGCAGUGGUUCUGGGGUGCUGGGGAAUGCUCAGAAGAGACGAACCCAGAUCUCGACGUCCACCGUCUCCUCGUCCAAAGAUGCCACGCCAGAUAUCGACGAGCCUCCUCGAAAGAAGCCCUGUUCGGAGGAAGCAGUGGAAGAAGCUCAGACUGAAGAGUCGUACGAUAUCGUUGCCGACCUCGACGCGGAGGACAUUGACGAUCCGUCUAUGUGUGCCGAAUAUGUUCGUGAAAUCUUCGAAUACUACUUCGCCUUGGAAGAAGUGACCCAACCCAACCCACAAUACAUGGACCACCAAGACGACCUUGAAUGGAAGAUGCGAGGCAUCCUCGUCGACUGGUUGAUCGAGGUACACACACGCUUCAGACUGCUGCCAGAGACGCUGUUCCUCGCCGUCAACAUUGUCGAUAGGUUUUUGUCCCAGAAGGUUGUUCCCUUGGACAAGCUACAGCUCGUCGGCAUCACGGCCAUGUUCAUUGCAUCCAAAUACGAAGAGGUCCUCUCGCCCCAUGUGGGUAACUUUGUCCACGUCGCCGACGAUGGCUUCACGGUGGAAGAAGUCCUCAGCGCCGAACGUUACACCUUGUCUACCCUGAAGUAUGAUUUGAGUUAUCCCAACCCGAUGAACUUCUUGAGGCGCAUCUCCAAGGCCGACAGCUACGACAUCCAGACACGAACGCUUGGAAAGUAUUUGAUGGAGAUCAGUCUUGUGGACCAUCGCUUCUUGGAAUACAAGCAGAGCCACAUUGCCGCCGCUGCCAUGUACCUUGCUCGCAUGAUCCUUGAACGUGGUGGAUGGGAUGCCACUCUUACCAAAUUCGCCGGCUACACAGAAGAGGAGAUUCUGCCUGUCUUUGACCUCAUGGUGAACUAUCUGGAAGCACCUGUCGCCCAUGAGGCCCUUUUUAAGAAAUACGCAAGCAAAAAGUUUCUCAAAGCCUCAAUCAUGUCGAGAAAAUGGGCCAAGGAUUAUGGUGCCAGCCGUCGAAACGGUGGCGCUUCACUGUCGGACUUGAAGGUUGUACAAUAG